AUGGAUUAGUUUUAAAACAACCUGCAUGAAAGACGGUUUGUUGAGGCAUUAAAUAAUUUCUAAGUAAGAUCGUCCCUCGAAUUAUCAGCUAAAUCUAAAAAGAAGUAGCAAAUGAUUAAUUAGAAGCAAGAUAAAUUAAUGCAGAGUAAUGUUGAAGUAUUCGACUAAGAGAAAAUUUUUAUCCAACUAGAAAUAAAAGAAUAAGCUAAAAAUAAUCUCCUAAUCAACAAGAAAAUACCCUUAAUCAAGGAUUCAGUAUUGCAUUCAAAGUUUAAAAUUUUCAAUGCUAGUCAGAUGUUUAGAUAAUCAAGCGAGGAAUUUUUGAAGGAAGAAUAACUUAAGAAGCACCAGACUACUAGUAAGAAAAUGCAAAACACAGUAAACUUAAACACUCUAACGGAUAGCAUCUUCAAGGACUAAUUCAUGAAGAAAAUUGCUCUUCAUAAAAUGAAUCAGCAGUAGGUGAUGACUGAAACUCAGAAUAUCUCGUAAUAGAAUAUAGGUGAAGCUGAAUUAAAGAGAUAAUUGCUUGCCACCUAGCAAAACUUUGGAAGAGAUAAUUAUAAGAAAAUAAAAAGGCAGUACGUAAAGAACUACAUGAAAAAUCAAUUUACCCCAAACGAAGUAACUAUUAACAAUAUUGAAAUGGUGCAGCUGUAGAAAAAUUCAAACUUAGAAUGUAAUAUCGAUGUUUAAGGGAGAACACCAGAAAUAUUAAGGAUUUAAAAUCCUAGGAAAGCAUACAUGCAAUAAACAAUGAGUAGGUUAAGGCCAAACGGUACUCCAUUUUAAGGACGUAAGCAGUCAUUACCGUUUUUAGAGAUUAACUAGACACCAAUUAUUGAUAAAAAAAUAAAUCUGAUUGGAACGGAUGGAUCAAAGAAUCGCUUGGAAUCUGAGAAAAAAAUUGAUUUAUUAAAGGCUCAGAAUUCCUCUUUUGGAUCUCGAAAUGUUAUUCUAGAAAACUAGAAUGUUAAGAGUGAUUACAAGCAUAAUAACGAUGCAGCAAAAAGAAAGUUCUUUAUAAUGGACAUCUAGCAAUACUCAGAAGAGCCUGCUAAAUUUAAAAGGAAGCUGAGAAAGAAUAUGAAUAAUGCUCCUCAAAUUCAUCAUAAAAUUACCUAGUUAAAUCAAUUCAUGAUAUAGUAAAGACAAUCCUAGUAAAAACUGAAAGAUUCUUAAUGUAGAAGUCACUUGAUUUAAUGGACCUGUGAAUGGUUGAGACCCCUUAUAAUAUCAGAUCUUAGAAUAACUAAAUCUACAAUCAAACUUAAAAGUAGUGCAACUCACUUAACUCCAUUUAGCUAACUCUAAAGAUUCAAAGAAAUAGCUCUGCUUGAAUUAAAAGAAUACGAUUAAAUACCUCACAAAUCUAAGUAAGAACUGUUAAUAUCAGAAGCAGAGACUAAAGAGAAUACUAACACUAAAAAUGAAGAUGUAGAACAACUUCAGUCGAAGGAAGAAUAGUUAGCUGAAUUUCCACAACUUCUCAAUGAUAAUGAUACAUUAUCUCCUGGAAUUAAAGUUGUGACGAAGAUAAAAGCGAAACCAAAAAGUAUAAAAAUUACUGAUUAACAACAUGAAAAAGUAUUGGUUGUAAAAUUAGAGGGAGUACUGAUACAUAUGACUUCCACUUUAUUAUUGAUUAGAGACGGUAUUAAAGAGGGUUUACAAUUAAUUAGAGAGAAAACUAAAGGAUUUAUUUAGAUUGUCUUAGUUACCUAUCUUAAAAGAUCAACAUUAAAAAAGUAUAUAUUCCCAAUUCUAUUUGAUAAACUCGGAAUUUAAAAUGAAAAGCUUAUAGAUCUAAUUCUUAUUCUUAAACCAGGAUUUGAAAACAAGGAAGUUUAAGAGUUCUUAGACUAUGCAACGUAAAUUUUAAUUGUCAGUCCUGCAUAAAUUGACGAAUAAACUAUAAAGGAUGUAUCUAAAUCUAAAGAUAUUUAAGGGCUUAGAUAAGAACUAGACUAGUGUAUUAUGAUAUUUUAAAACUUAUGUUGUGAAACUUUCUCACUAUUAUGCAGCAAUAUGAUUUUUGAUAGUUAAAACAGCAGCUAUACCUUCAAGAAUCUAAGCAAAUCUAUAGUUAGUUUUUUAUAAGUAGGAAAAUCACAGCUUACUACACAAUCAUCCUCAAAUGAAUAGAACCUCUCUUCUUGUGGUAGAAAAAAUAAUAGGCAAACAACAGCUAGUUCAAACGGCUUGUUUAUGAUGACUGUAACAUCAAUCUCUCCAAAAAAUAAAGAAAAACUGAAUUUCAAGUAUUUUUAGGAGAAAACAUAGAUCACUGACUUAUCAUUUAAGCAAGAGUAACACUGUUUUAUGAAAUCCUAUAAAUUUAUCAAAGAUCAUUAAAUAUUCUCUCUAUUUGCCUUUGAUUAUGAAAAUCUCAAAUCAAUACAAAAUAAUCAGCCAAAAUAAUUUUUGAAAUAUCAAAGUUUGGCCCCUGGAUUAAAAUCAUCAAGAAGAAAAAGCUUAAAUAAUAAAGUACCCAUUAUCACCUAAAAUUUGGCUCUUCAAUAGAAAUUUUAAAACCUUUAUAAAGAAAUGAAGUUAAGAAACGAAGAAUUUAUAGAGAAAGGUAUCAUUAAAUAUUAGAAAGAGUAUAAGGAUCGCCAAUAGCUUAGGUUAUAAAAUAGGCAAGAAUAUAUUAGUGCUUAGAAAUAGUACCAAACUUAAAAAGCUGAUAAUUAGACAUUUAGAGUAAUGCUUUUGGAUUCUUAUCUAUUUGAAAAAUAGCCCCUUAUUAAAAUACCUAUAAAGAGCAAAUGGUAACUACUAUGA